AUGAAUGCUCGACCGUACAAUAACAAGGAAUACGAUGAACUGAUCAGACCCAUCAUGUUAACCGCAAAGAUCAUUUCCAUCUGGCCGUUGGCAGAGAAUAGCGCUACGGGGGCUAUAUUGUUCAGGAGAUUCCACUUGCUCUGCAUGUUUUUUCUGGUGGUGGUGAUGUCGAUCGCGGUGACGGCCGACGUGAUCCACAAUAUCGACGAUUUGGACGAAGCGACCGAGUGUGCGUUGAUUUGCACAGCAUUUUACCUUUGCGUUGUUCGCAUGGUGGUGUACGCGAUUCAUCAGAAAGAUAUGCUUUACGUAGUGAACACAAUGAGGAUCGAUUGGACUGAAUCUUCAAAAGAGGAUCGUGUUAUUCUAGCGGAGAAAACGAUGUUCGCCUUUCGUCUUGCCAAGUACUUUAUCAGUACCGUGGCUGCAACUAUCGUGAUGUUCAUGUGCAUUCCGAUUCUAGAGAUUUACGUGCUUGGUAAGGACAAAGUGCUCCCAUUCCGAGGUUACUUCUUCCUCAAUCAAACCGUGUCGCCGAUCUUCGAGUGCUUGUACCUGUUCAACGUGACCGCUGGUGGAUUCGGCGGUACGAUGAUCGCCAGUUGCACCAGUUUCAAUCUGGUGGUAAUAAUGCACGGCUCGGCCAAGUUUGCUGUUCUACGGAGAAGAUUGGAGGCUCUCAGCGGCAAGGAUCCUAAUUCUACUACUGUUAUGGGGGAUUUAGUGAUUCGCCACCAGGAAGCAAUAGAGUACGCAGAUGCACUGGAAAGGAUCAUAAAUGUUCUGGCUUUGGGACAAUUCGUCAUUAGCACAGGUCUGAUCUGCUUCGCGGGAUUCCAGAUCACCUCGAUGAUGGAGGAUAAAGGACGGCUGAUGAAAUAUUCCACCUUCUUGAACUCCGCCAUUCUCGAGCUGUUCAUGUUCAGCUUCAGCGGAAACGGCCUGAUAGACGAGAGCGACGCGGUAGGCGAGUCAGCUUAUGGCAGCGGAUGGAUCGGUAGUCGUUUCUCUCAGAGUCUUCAGAUCAUGAUGAUGCGCUCGAGGAUACCAUGCAAGAUAACCGCCGCUAAAUUCUACAGCAUGUCCUUGGAGAGCUUCUCGAAGGUACUCAGCACGUCUUUCUCCUACUUCACGGUCCUCACAGCCACCAAAGACGACUAACGGCCAC